AUGAGUAAAGGAAGAGAAGCAAGGGAAGGCAGUGGAGAAGCAGGGGAAGGCAGUGAAUACGAGACCACAGAGGAAAGGGUGUCAGAAGCAGAUACGAACGAGGAAGUGUGGACUCAGGAAAGCAUGAAGAGCUGGUUAAAAAAAUGGGAGGAAAAACAGAAGGAGGAAUGGGAAGCAAGGAUGUCAGAUCUGGAAGGGUUAAUGAGAACGGAGCUAAAGAGAGUCCUCAGCACGGAUUUGAGGUAUGUACUCAGGAAAGAACUAGUGGCAGAAACGGGAACGAGGAACACAGAGGGAAGGGAACCGGGUGGAGAGGGAUGGAGAUGUGAAGACUGCGAGAGACGGAGGGAGAGGAGAACAGAGGAGUCAGGACCAAGGCAGGGGAAUUUCAGGCAAACGUGGUGGAAAGAUUGGGGAGAAAGUAAUCACGAAAGAGUUGAGCAGGUGGGAAAGGAAAAAGACAGGGCUGAGUUUGAGACGAGAAAAAAGGAUAAUGAGGAGCAAAAAAAGACAAGGAAAAGAAGCAACGAAGAGAGAAUUCAAGAAGGCAGACAGGAGACCACACAAAGCCCAGAGAUAAACACAAGCGGUAGAAAGUCGACAGAUAGCGGAACUGAGGGGUGGGGGGAAGGGAAAGGACCACAAGAGACCCAGGAAAAGAUGGAGGAACCCCCUAGAUGGAGAGAGAAGACAGGAACAAGAAGGGAAAGCAGUAGUGGCAGCGAGAGUGAGGAACUGGAGCGCUGGUUCCAAAAGACUCUGAGAGUAGAAGUGAAAGUGGAAGGGCUAGAAAGAAGGCAGAAAGGAGGAUGGCUGAUCAGAGCGGAAGACUUGGAUCAGAAAAUAAUGGUGAUGAAAGAAAAGACAAGACUGGGAGAAAUGGGCUGGGGGGUAUACAUUGAGGACGACUUGACAGAAAGGCAAAGAGUGGUGCAGGCCUGGCGGGAGAAGGAGGCGCGCAAUUGGAGAAGAAGAGGCAUACAAGUAGAGACAGCAUACAACUCGCUAAUGGUGGACGGAGCGGGACUAGAGUGGGAUGAGGAGAAGGGGGAACUGAGACAGAAAGGGAGCACGGAAACACAUUUGGAGGCGAAAGGUAUGAAGAGAAUGCGGGAGAAGUUGAACUCAAAAUUCGAAUGGUUCGGGAAAGAAGCCAAGAGAAUUCAUAAAAGGGGAAAGGCUAGCGGGGGACAUCUAGUAGGCAUAAGGAAGACAUUGAAAGCAGACUGGAUAGUAGAGGAAUGGGAAUAUGGAAUGAAACUGAGGAUCCAAGAAAGAGAAAGCAGAGAGAGUUACAGGGUAAUAACCAUCUACAACAACGUCAGGAAAAACUUAAAAAGAGCACUGGGGAAGAUGGACGAACUGGUGGAGGACUCGGAGGGGUCAGAGGAGAGACUGAUUAUCGUAGGCGACUUAAAUGCAAGAUCAGGAGAGCUACAGGGAGUAGCAGAUUGCGGAUGGAAAGAAGAGAUAAGGAUAACAGAAAGGAAAUCACAAGACAAGACGAUAAGAGGAGAAGGGAAGAAGCUAAUGGAAUGGUGUGAGGAGAGGGCACUCUUAGUUCAAAAUGGAAGGGCCAGGGGGGACGAGGAGGGGAAAAUAACGUUUGCAGGGGAAGGAGCGGGACUGGGGAGUGUCUUGGAUUACGUGCUGGUCAAGAUGGAAGGAAACGAAGCACCGAGCUAG